AUGUCGGACCUUCACGAAAUCGCCUCAGAGGCCGACUUUGAGGCUCACAUAUCCUCUCUGCCACCAUCGGCACUCCUUGUCCUCUCCUUCCAUACCCCCUGGGCCGCACCAUGCACUCAGAUGCGCACCGUUCUCCAGACCCUGGCGUCUCUAUAUACACCCACCACCCCGCCAUCCAUCUCCUUCGUCAGCGUUAACGCAGAAGAACUCCCCGAGAUAUCAGAGCAAUAUGAAGUAACGGCCGUUCCAUUCGUGGUACUAAGCCGGAAUAAUACGAUCAUUGAAAGCAUUUCUGGCUCAAAUCCGAUUAGAGUCCGUGAGGCGAUUGAGAAGCAUUACCAGCCAUCUUCAGAUGCGGGCUCGACUGAGAAACAAUCUAUCCCCCCACCACUUGAAGCCGUUCCUAGAGAAAUAGACGAGCAGCAACAGCAGAAUCAUCAAAUACCGCAAGCACCGUCUGCGGGACAAGGCACAAAUGGGAUUAAUGGCCGUGCUGCCGAGGAGUCCCCUUCCAAGGAGGAGCUCUUUGCUAGAAUUGGAGAGCUUGUCAAGGCGGCCCCGGUGAUGUUAUUUAUGAAAGGGACCCCCAGUGCGCCUCAAUGCGGUUUCAGCCGGCAGCUAGUUAGCAUCUUACGAGAGAACAGUGUCAAGUAUGGGUUUUUCAAUAUCCUUGCAGAUGACGACGUAAGGCAGGGACUUAAGGAGUUUGCAGACUGGCCCACCUUCCCACAGCUAUGGGUAAAGGGUGAGCUUGUUGGUGGCCUGGAUAUUAGUAUACUCCAAAAUCCAUACCCAGCAUCUUUCAUAUAA